AUGAACCCUAUUAUAUCCAUUGUCUACGCCUACCCCAGCAUUGCCCUCUCCCCAAGCUCAUCCCCAGCACUGUUUCUGCAGUCUCUGCAGUCUCUGCAGUCUCUCCCGUCUCUGCAGUCUCUCCCGUCUCUGCAGUCUCUCCCGUCUUUGCAGUCUCUCCCGUCUCUCCCAUCUCUGCUGUCUUCCCCGUCUUUCGUCUCUCCCAUCUCUGCUGUCUCUGCUGUCUCUCCCAUCUCUCCCAUCCAGACCAAGUAUUGCCACCUCGCCUGCAGCCCAUCCUUCUGUCAUCAACGUGCCCUCCCCAUAUCAUCCACGCCUGCAUGCCUUCACGCCUCAGGCACUUUCAGGGUCACUGGACUCUCCAAAUCAAUCCUUUCGCACAGUUUCAGAGGACGGCAACGGCAAACACGAGUUCUUUCAGCUGGGAAACAACACCAGUGCGUAGGGGCAGCUGAUGCACUCCAUCAAGCGGAACUUCAAGAGAUGUCAGCCAAAGAUCGGGAAGUAGUCGAGAGUAUGGUUGCCGACCAUGGUAUGGAUGUUGAUACACUACUGUAUACAGCGCCCCCAGGAGACGAAGGCUUUGGAAUAAGCCAUGAAGGAGGUGAACACGAGGUGUUUGAAGGACUGGCACACCAAAUCACUGAUAUUGGUGGAUACCACUAUCAUGAUCAUCGCAUUCGCCAAGACCGCAUAGAAGAUCAAAUGGUCCACUGGAACCUUCAAAUUGACCGCCUGGUGGCUGCCUAUCUAGAAUAUCACUCAUGA